AUGUCUCAAAUGGUUAUAGGUAAUGAUUCAGAAUUAUUUAUGGGUGACAGUAAUAAUCCUUACGAAAUUAAACAUAUUAUGCAAAUUAAACUUCACAAUCUUGAAAACUUUAAAACAAAUUUAACAAAAUUUGAAAAUGUUCGUUUUCAAAAUUUCAAAAUUCUUUACAUUGAUUGGGAUGAACUACAAAAGAAAAAUCAUAAUUCAAAUACUACACUUGGUUUUUACAUAGGAACAAAAAAUACUGGCAUGUAUAAAAUAUCUUAUACUGUAGGUUAUUACGAUGGUUUCACAUUUGAUGGUCUUGAAGAACGUCCCAUAAUUUGUACAGUUAAUCAAUGUGAUUUUGGUUAUUUUUUUUUUGAUAAAGAAUUAAACUAUGAAAAAUUAAAUGAGAAAGGAAAUAUAUAUACAGUUGAGUAUGCUGUAUUACUUAUUGUUAAAUCAUUAAGUAAUAUAAUAGUUUUACAAGAAGUAAGUUAUCAUAAGAUGAACAUAAAUAUUGGUUUAUGUCCUUACAUCAACUGGGUAUCAAAAAAAGGACCACUAAAAUUUAUACCAGAAGAUCAUAUAAAAGAUAAUGGAUAUUUUGAAUCAUCCAAUGGAAAUGCUCAUAUUAUAAUUCCUUUCUUUAAAAAAUCUUUAGACUCAAACUUUUUCUCUUGUGGUAAAUUUAAACAACCAACUUUAAAUGAUAUAUCUAUUGGAUAUAAUUUAAAAUAUCAAAAUAAUGAAAAUCGGUAUGAACGAAAAAUUAAUCCAUCUCACGAUAAUAUAAAUUGCAAAAAUGAAAAUGACCAGGAAAAAUAUUAUUUUUUUGCCUACUCAGAAAAUUAUACAAAUUAUAUGGGUGAAAGAAGAAUGGAUAAAAUUGAUAUUUCUUUUGAUAAAAAUUAUAAGAUAUAUGCUGGUCAAUCAAUUUAUAUAUAUCCUAGAGGCAAAAUUGAAAAUUUUAUUAAAACUUAUCAUCCAUUU